AGCUUCACAGAUGGGCUGAGCUUUUUGUUAAUUUUUUUUAGCAGCUUGCGGCCACUUUUGAUUAAGAACAAGUAAAAAGCUUGAAAUAGAGAGAGAGUGGGGGAAGCAGACGGGAGUAGUCAGAGAUGGACAAAUUCUAGGGGUAGUAGGAAAGACGGGAAGUAAUUAGAUCAGGAUGUGAAAUGCCGCUAAGGACACACGGAAGAAAUCAAUCAGAAGAAAUCAACUGAGGUGAUACCAUGAGCUCCCCAAAUCCGACUACGCCCAGCGAUGCCCUCUUCCCAAAUCCAACUACUCAGGAAAACUGGUGUCCCUCAACCUGCACCUUCCCCCAUUCCACUGCCCAACAUAUCAGUCACCGAGCCAAUAAUUACAAGCGACAUCCCAAGAGAAGGAAGUUGAUCCGGCCUUCCCCUCCACCCCCUCCCAAUACUCCAAUUCCCAUUGAGCUUCUUGACUUCAGUGAUAUCCCACUGCGACACUCCUUCUGGAAGCUACUUUUUAACGGAUGCAUCCUCUUUGGGAUUGAGUUCAGCUAUGCAAUGGAGACAGCCUACGUCACCCCCAUCCUCCUGCAGAUGGGUCUACCAGAUGAACUAUAUGGCAUGGUUUGGUUCAUCAGUCCCAUCUUAGGUUUCCUGGUUCAGCCAGUGCUGGGUGCCUGGAGUGAUAGCUGCUCCUCUCGUUUUGGCCGGCGCAGACCCUUCAUACUUGUGCUGGCUAUUGGUGCGCUGAUCGGCCUCUCGCUGCUGCUGAACGGCAGGGACAUGGGCCUUGCAAUCGCUGACACAGUCACUAAUCACAAAUGGGGCAUCAUCCUGACCGUCUGUGGUGUCGUGCUGAUGGACUUCAGCGCCGACUCGGCAGACAAUCCAACCCAUGCCUACAUGAUGGACGUCUGCUGCCCAGAGGAUCAGGACCGGGGCCUGAACAUCCACGCGCUCCUGGCAGGUCUGGGAGGCGGGUUCGGUUACAUCAUUGGUGGGAUCAAGUGGGACCAGACAGAUUUUGGCAAAGCUUUAGGAGGUCAGCUCCGGGUUGUCUACAUCUUCACAGCAAUAACGCUGACCGUCACUGCUGUCUUGACACUGACAAGUAUUCCAGAGAAGCCACUGAUUGCACAGGGCAAAAGGAAAAAAGUGAUGAAAAGCCCCAGCCUUGCUCUACCUCCCUCGCCACCAAUGGCUUUUGAUGAGGACAGAGACCAGACCAAUAACCACAAUAUCACCCAAGUCUAUAAUGGUAUGACCAGCCCCAUCUCCCCACAGAGCCCCCUCACCCCGAAGUACGGGAGCUUUAUGAGCCGGGACAGUUCUCUGACUGGCAUUAACGAAUUUGCUUCAUCAUAUGGAACUUCUUAUAUUGACACAGUGCUGAUUGACUGCUACACAGGAGCCAACGAUCAAUACCUCAGCAUGCCCAGACAUGCCCUGAGCUCCAGCCUCCCCCGGAUACCGGAUGAGGCGGAAAAUGAGGAAACGGGGUCUCCAACGGUCGCUGAGAAUCCUGAGAACCUACAGGGUGACGCUACACGAAAUUCGACGUCGGGAAUUCUCAAGAGGCCAGAGACCUUGAGUAUUCCAAACAGUUACCUGGCAAAUGGUGGCGACAGCAGUCGGAGGAGGACGGUGACUUUCAGUCAACAGGUUGCAAACAUCUUGCUGAAUGGCGUGAAAUACGAGACUGACUUGAAUAGCUCAGGAGAAUUAUCCGAGAGGACGCUCUCCGCAUCCGUCUUGUUCUCAUCAAUUUGUCAGAUGCCUAAACCGCUGCGGAAUCUGUGUGUCAAUCACUUCCUAGGAUGGCUGUCCUUUGAAGGCAUGCUGCUGUUUUACACGGACUUCAUGGGGGAGGUAGUGUACGGGGGGGACCCCAAGGCACCCCUCGACUCGGAGGCAUUCCAGAAGUACAACACAGGAGUGAGCGUGGGCUGCUGGGGAAUGUGUAUCUAUGCAUUCAGCGCUGCUCUGUAUUCAGCACUGUUGGAGAAGCUCGAAGAGUACUUCAGUAUCCGAACUCUCUACUUCUUUGGCUACCUAUGCUUUGGAAUUGGCACUGGCAUUGCCACUCUGUCCCGGAACAGUUAUGUUCUUUUGUCUCUUUGCGUAACAUAUGGGGUCCUGUUUUCUUCGCUCUGCACUCUGCCCUACUCGCUGUUGUGCGAAUACUACCAGAGCAAAAAGUUUGUAGGACCACACGCGAAUGGGACUAAACGAGGGAUGGGUGUGGACAUUUCACUCCUCAGCUGUCAGUACUUCCUGGCGCAGAUCAUCGUUUCCAUUGUAAUGGGCCCACUAACGUCAGUGGUUGGCAGUGCCAGCGGGGUGAUGUACUUUGCCAGUCUGACCUCUUUCAUCGGGUGCUUGUACUCUUCUUUGUUUGUUAUUUAUGAGAUCCCUCCUGAUGACGAAGGCGAGGAGCACACUCCGCUCCUUGUGGACAACUGACAGUAGAAGUUCCACAUACAAACCAUUCAAGGAAUUUACUGCUGAGAUAUCCAGCUGAAGGUUUGCAUUUUUCCGAGAUCUCCACAAUCCAAGUCUUCAUUGCACAAAAAGAAUUAGAAAUGAUGGACUAAUUUCUUUUUUUUAAUUGGUGCCAGUCCCUCUGGAAUAUAAAUGCAUAAAUAUAUAUGUAAUACAGAAGCUAAGAGAAUUAAUUAAUUAGUGCCAGUCAUAUGCAUGGGCAUGGGAUACAAUUAAUAUGUCUCCACUUCACUCAGACUUGAAUGACAGCUAGUGUGGGUCCCCAGACACGGAUUGUGGUUACAUAAGAUAUAUUACCAAGGGAUAGUCAACAAGAAUUGAAGUAGCCGUGCAUCCAAGUUUAUUUCCAGCACUAUCACCCGUUCAACCUCAUAAGAUGUUCCCUAAAUCAACGCCCUAUUCCGUGUGUUGACAAGGGCUGGUAAUAGGAUAGAGUUGAUAAACUGUGAGUGUGAAAUACUUCCUUUUGAAUAAUUCGUCAUCUUCAUAUGAGGCACUGCAUUUUAAUACUACAUUCAUAACCUCCCAGCCUACAGUUCUUGUGAACCUCAAUCAGUAUAGGAGAUUCCUUAUCCUAUGUAAGAUAAAGAAGGUAGGUUAAUGAGGCAAUGAAUUCAGAAUGAGGUGAGUGUGGCCAGUGAUUUACUAAAGGAGAUGACAGUUCCAGGUUCCAUCUCUGAUCUUGGCUUAUAGGCAAUAGUGAGUAUUGUUCAUUGCAAUUUGAGUCAGGGAAAGAGAAGCUAAGCCAUUGUCCCAAUUUAAAGACCGCAAUCCAUAGUGCUGGUGCUGGGCAAUGGUCAUGCUUGGAAUUCGAGUAAGGAUAGGUUAAGGGUGCUUCUUCUCUGUGGCCAACCAGGUGGUUAACACUUUGCUUGUUUCACAAGGUGCUUGCUAAUCCUGAUGCCCACCAUCGACUUUCUGAGUGGUGCCUCAAGGGAUCAUCAAACAAUGUACCCAGGAGAGGGGUUCACAGGGCCCUGCUUGCCUCUUCUGCUGAAGAAAUCUUACAGUUAAAUAAAUUGUGUUAAUUCAAUGCAUGAACCCACCGACAGUUCACUAAGAGGCAAGUGAUGUACAGGCGUGCAUGGGUUCAUGCAUUUGUGCUGUCUUUCUCAGGGCAGGUUUGCUACUGGUUUAUUAUCGUCACACGUACCAAGAUACAGUGAAAUGUCUUGCAUGUUGUUCUUACAGAUCAAAUCAUUACACAGUGCAUUGAGGAAGAACGAAGUAAAACUAUAACAAUGCAGAUAAAGUAUAACAGCUGCAGAGAAGUAGCAAGAUCAUAAUGAGGCAGAUUGUGAGGUCAGAAGUCCACCUUAUUGUACGAGAGGUCUGUUCGAGAGUCUGAUAAUAGUGGGAUAGAAACCGCCCUUAAGCCUGGUGGUAGAUAAGCUUAUUGUUUCUUCUGCCCGAAAUGAACUUCUUAAUCACAGAGAAGCUUCAUCUAGUAUUGCAGUGUAUGGUUGUAUCCAACCCUGGCACUUGUUAAUUAGAUUCUGUUAAAAUUUCCACCAAUUAGUGUGGCACUAUAGUUAGCUUUUUAACAUUAACUUGUGCUCACUAACAAGUUGGGCAAACCCUUUUUUGGGAUCCUUGGAGCUGAGACCGAAAAGAGGCAUCGGCAUUCCUUAGAUAGCAAUAUAAUUUUUUAAAAAAACAGAAUCUGAGCUCUGUUACUCAGAAAGAUCAUGGCUGAUCCAACACCACUUUCCCAAUAUUUCUCCUUAUCACUUGAGUCCCUUGUAGUUCAAAAAUCUGUCAAUCUUGAUUAGCUCUGGGUUUAGAAUAAAUUCUAAAGAGCCAAAAGACGUAGGAGAAAAAGUAGGCCAUUCAGCCCAUCGAGUCUGCUCCGCCAUUCCAUCAUGGCUGAUCCCGGAUCCCACUCAACUCCGUACAGCUGUCUUCUCGCCAUAUCCUUUGAUGCCCUGACCGAUCAGGAAACGAUUAACUUCUGCCUUAAAUAUCUGCACGGACUUGGCCUCCACCACAGUCUGUGACAGAGCACUCCACAGAUUUACUAGUCUCUGGCUAAAAAAAAAUUCCUCCUUACCUCUGUUCUAAAGGCUCACACCUCAGUUCUGAGGUUGUGCCUUCUAGUUCUAGGUUCCCCCACCAUAAGAAACAUUCUCUCCACAUCCACCCUAUUUAGUCCUUUCAACAUUCAAUAAAUUUCAGUGAGGUUCCCCCCCUCCCGCUACGUUUUUCUAAAUUCCAGUGAAAACAGGCCCAAAGCUGCCAAAUACACCUCAUGUGUUAACCCCUUCAUUCCAGGAAUCAUGACCCUCAUAGAAAUGAACAGCAUCACAUUUUUCCACUUAAUAUUCCCUCUGUCAGCAUCACGCUCACUUCACCUAACCUUUCUACAUAACUCUUUAUUCUUGAACAAAUUGAAGCUUGAAUCCUAUAGAGCAAAAGUCACUGCUUCAUAAAAUACACAAGUCACUGCUUUUUCUGGAAUGUCUUGAUGUUGAGUGCUGUAUAAAUGCAAGUCUUUUACACUAACAAGCUUCCCAAUUAUGUGGAAGCAGGUAAUUAAGUCUUGGAUGCUUGGAUUAGGUUAGCAUGCCGAUAUUUAACAUCUCCCCAUAAAACAGUCUUAGGGGAGGAGGAAGGACACGUUUUUUAUUACGUGAUGGGUAAAUAUGAAAAUGUUGUCACUGAGGCAAAGAAUAAUACUCAGUAGGAGUCAUCAGAAAGUUCCAAAUGAAUGCCACUGACUUGAACAUUAACUCUGAUUAACCUGCUGGGCAUUUCCAAUGUUUCAUUUUUAUUUCUGACUUCCAGAAUCCACAAUAAUUUCUAUUGCAGAGAUCGAAGAGCCUUGGCAAUUUACUGUGAUGGUUAACUGAUUGUGUUGAUGGAGUGAAGUCAUUGAAGGGAACAGGACAACAGGGGCAUUAAUUAGCUCAGCAAAACCAUCUUUUAACCAAAUCAAUCCCACAAUUGGAGUAGGGAAGGAAAAAAUUUUUUAUAACUAUAUUAAUCUUUACUCCGACUGCUAGAUAAGAAUCCAUUUCACUUGUAAAUGUUUGUUAACUUGAAUAUGAAUG